UCGCUCAUUGACAGUCAACACGCCAUCCAUACGGAAGGAACUGCCAUCUAUGUCUGCUCAACGCUCACCUGCUAGCCUGCCAUAGGCCGAAACGGACAGAAAUAAACGAAUUAAAAAAAAAAUACAACGAAGAACGGACGCAAACUGAUUUAUUUCCUUGGAACGAAGACGUCAUUGCCUUCUCCGUGGGUUCGAAUGGAACACUCGUAUCUGACAAUAACCCGGCCGGGAGCGUUCAAAUGAUUGUUUAAAAUCCGUUUGACGCGCCGCGCCAGUUGUGGUAUUUCGGAGGGAGGUGUGGGAGCGAGAGACGCGCAAGAAACGCAGCAGCGAGAGCGGUGCUAGAGAAACACACACACACACACACACACACGAAAUAUCCAAAGAAUCACCAGCAAAAGGAAAGAAACGGAGGAUUCCAUUUGACGAACAGAAAAGAGAAACUGCGUAUUGCGGCCAGGCUGUCCUCUCAUAUUUGAAAAUGGUGUCCACAGUUUUUGCUGUGACACUGUCUGUCACACUGCUGCACCUGGCUUCAGGUGCAUCUUUAGGGACGUCAGAUCCUGAGGCUCCUCCCACUGUGACAUCCAGUCCCCGCCCCUUGGGAGAACUCAUCCAUGCUGCGCUUCUGAGUAAGGAGUACCUGGGCCACACCCCUGGUAGCAGAGGUACAACUACUAACCCGACCCAGGCCGUCCCGUCCAUCAGAGAAUCAGAUCCCGCCUCCACAGUGAUAUCACCAGGAAUCCUCACCACCGCAGUGACCUCAUCUGCUGCACCUCAAGCGGGCCAAUCAGGUUUUGGGAGGGCCGUGACAUCACCACCAGCUGAGGAAGAGACCACAACCACUCUAAUCACAACAACAACAAUAACAACGGUGCACACACCAGUUCAGUGCAAUGCCAGUCUGUCAGGAAUGGAGGGAAUAGUCGAGUCCCCUGAUCCACUCUCCUCCUCAUCUCCCUCUUCCCCGCUGGAGUGCACCUACAGCAUCACCGUUUAUCUUGGAUAUGGUGUAGAAAUACAGGUGAAAAAAGUAAACUUGUCCAAGGAGGAGUCACUUACCAUUCUGGAGUUGGGUGGGACGGCGCCUGAGCUUUUGGCCAAUGAGACGCUAAUGAGCGAAGGUCAGGUGAUUCGCAGCUCAACCAACCAAGUGCAGAUCCACUAUAAGAGUCUGAAGCAAGCCAAUCAUGGGGUUUUCAGCUUUCACUAUCAAGCGUUCCUCCUGUCCUGCUCGUUUCCUCUCUCCCCUGAAAGUGGUGGAGUGACUGUCACUGAUAUUCAUCCUGGAGGUCAGGCUCACUUUCAUUGUGAUCCCGGCUUUGAGGUCAGAGGUCAUGAGGUUGCAACCUGUUUGAAUACCACCCGACCCAAAUGGAGCACCCCAGAACCCCAGUGUGUGGCUGUAUCUUGUGGAGGGUGGAUUAGAAAUGCUACUGUUGGACGCAUCCUGUCUCCAACCCUCCCCUCUGCAAGUAACCAUAGCAGCGGCAGCAACCUGAGCUGCCAUUGGCUGCUGGAAGCCAAGGAAGGCCACAGGCUCCAUCUCCAUUUUGAGAGGGUGGCUCUUGAUGAAGACAAUGACAAGCUGAUUGUGCGCAGUGGCAAUAGCUCUACAGCUCCUCUCCUCUUCGACUCGGAUCUGGAUGACGUUCCAGAACGAGGCUUUGUGAGCGAGGGAAUGUCUCUGUAUGUGGAGCUCACGGCUGAUUCCUCCUCCAUCCCACUGCUGCUGGCUCUCCGCUAUGAAGCCUUUGAUGGGGAACACUGUUAUGAACCUUACCUGCCUCAUGGGAAUUUCAGCAGCAGUGACAUCACCUUCCCUCUUGGGACUGUAGUUACCUUCUCAUGCUCUCCUGGUUUCAUCAUGGAGCAAGGCUCAGGAGUUAUGGAGUGUGUUGACCCCAAUGACCCUCACUGGAAUGAGAGUGAACCUGUCUGCAGAGCUUUGUGUGGCGGGGAGCUCACGGACCCGGUGGGAACUGUGUUGUCUCCUGACUGGCCACAGAGCUACUCGAAGGGGCAGGACUGUGUGUGGCAAAUACAUGUCAGCGAGGACAAGCGCAUCGAACUGGAUGUACAAAUUUUGAACAUCCGUCAUAAUGACAUUCUCACGCUAUUUGAUGGCCAUGAUCUGACAUCACAUGUGAUUGGACAGUACCUGGGCUCAAGAGAAAGGUUCAGGGUUGUAUCAGGAGGUUCAGAGGUCACCAUUCAGUUUCAGAGCGAUCCUGAUGACUCCACAUUUAUUCUGAGCCAAGGCUUCCUCAUUCACUACAGAGAGGUGGAGCCAAAUGACACGUGUCCUGCCCUUUCGCAAAUUGAGUUUGGCUGGAGCAGCUCCUCCCACCCGUCUCUGGUGAGAGGCAGUGUGUUAACCUAUCAGUGUCAGCCUGGCUAUGACAUCGUUGGCUCUGACAUCAUCACCUGCCAGUGGGAUCUCUCCUGGAGCAACAACCCGCCGACCUGUGUGAAAAUCCAGCAGUGCCCUGAUCCAGGAGAAGUGGUCAAUGGAGCACGCUCAGUACAUCCAGAGUCUGGUUUUGCUGUGGGCACAGUGGUACGCUUCACAUGUAACCAGGGUUAUCAAGUGGAAGGCCCGAACCAGAUCUCCUGCCAUGGCAGAGACACCGGCAUGCCCAAAUGGAGCGACCGCAGCCCAAAGUGUGUCUUAAAAUACGAUCCAUGCCCAAACCCUGGCGUGCCUGACAAUGGCUACCAGACUCUGUACAAGCACAGUUACCAGGCAGGAGAGACACUGCGCUUCUUCUGCUAUGAGGGCUAUGAGCUCAUUGGGGAAGUCAUCAUCAACUGUGUCCCAGGACACCCCUCUCAGUGGAACAGCCCACCACCCUUCUGUAAAGUGGCCUAUGAAGGGCUACUCGACGAUCAUAAAUUGGAGGGUAACGUUGAUUAUCAUUUUUCUCAGUCAUUAGAGGCCUCUCAUCAGAUGCUGAGCGAGAACAUUGCAUUGGCCAUUAUCCUGCCAAUCAUUCUGGUCAUCCUUCUGAUUGGUGGAAUCUACAUGUACUAUACCAACGUGUGUAGGUGGCAGUGGAAACCGUUGUUCUGGAAGUCUCUCUCUCACACCCACUCUUACAGUCCCAUAACGGUGGAGUCUGACUUUAACAACCCUCUCUAUGAGGCAGGGGACACGCGAGAGUAUGAGGUGUCCAUCUGAGACAGAAGUCUUCAAAUGAAGCUGAAUUUUGGGUGACUGAAAAGAAGAAAAGAAUGGAUACUGUUAUUUUUCUCUCUCUCUCUCUCUCUCUGCAAGACAUUCAUUUGUUUUACUCAACUAAUGAUGCUACAUUAAUCCCACCCUACACAGUCUCUCUCUCCUCCCUCUCGGUCGAUUCACUGAUGUAUGUUUAUACCAAGUGUGAGUUUGCUUAUGAGUUGAUGCAGGUGCCUGUGUAGUAUGCUAGUGUGUGUUUACAUGUGUGUAUGUUAUUGGCUGUAUAUGUACAUCAGAGUAAUGAAAUACUGAAAGUAACAACAAAACAGUUGUAAGGACAUACCGUGAGUAUGAUUUCCACAGUCAGGCAUGUUUUAUAACAGAAGGUCUGGUGCCUUAAGGACUGUAAAGAGAUGGAGUGAAAGAAAGAGAAAAAUUGAAUGGGGAGAGAGAGAGAAAGAGAGAGAGAGACUUUGACAAAGAUAAGUACACAUAUACGUAUAUAAUCUGAACAAAUGAAAACUAUACUCUCACGCGCCCAUGUUUGUAUACAGACACAUGGCCACACAUUCACACGCACAUAUACAUGAUGACAAGAACAUCUUGAAUGUAUAUAUUUUGAUUGAAUAUUGAGUAUACAUGCAGAUUCAGUGCCAAAAUACAUCCCAUAAUGUGACGUCACUUCAUGUUUCACUGGUUGCCAUAGUAUUUCUCACAUGAUUAUGUAAUAAUGAAGACAAUGCCAGCAUUUCAUAUUGUUCUUUGCUGUUUCUUAAGAAUCUAUUUCUGCUUGAUGUUGAAUGACCAUGUUUCAGAGGAGCGGAAUGUCCUCUCGCUUACGGCACGCGACGAUUGUAUAUUUUACCGCUUCAGCUUAGGAUUCAUGAUCAAUUAUACUUACUGUCAUUGUUAAUCAGAGUUGAUGUUGUUGCAUACGCACUAUGUUGAGGAAAAUAUAUAUACAGAAGAAAAAAAAAAACUGCUUGCUGUGAUGCAGUAAUUGAACUGAAAUGCUUUUUAUAAAUUGCAUAUUUUUAUUUAUUUAUUUAUUUAUUCAUCUCAUGGUUUCUUGUUAAUAUGCAGUGAGUUUCGUCUUUUCCACUGUGCCAUAACCAGAGCCCAUGUUGUGGAGGGCUUUGGUGCAUUAUAGUAUUACUUGAUUGUUAUUUAUUUAUCAACAUAAUAUACUUGUCAUGAAGACAUUUAUUUCCUGAGAUUUAAGAUUAAAUAAAAGUCUCUGUUGGAUGGUGAA